AUGUCAUUAUUAUCAAAACGAAAUUGUCAAUCUUAUUAUAAACAAUUUAUCAUGCCUAAUAUCAAUCGAAUAAUUUAUCUUCAUUUAUGGAAUCCAUUCAUCAUUGGUAUUGUUUGUGAAUCUCUUAACAAUAUUUGGAAGUUCAAUAGACUUGAAACACUUAUUCUCGAUAAUAUUCAUUCACUUAAUCUUCUUGAUCAUUUGGCAUCUCUCUGGAAUCUUUCUUCGUUAAUUAUCAAUGAAGUUGAGGUUUUAAAAAACGAUUAUAUUCCGUAUAGUUCAAUAUUUCGUAUACGUACUUUGAAAUAUUGCAAAAUAUUAUGUGAAACCGGCUAUUUUACGCCAUUAGCUAUUGCUUCCAAUAAAACAAGUCCUAUCGAACAUUUAGUUAUCGAUCAGAUGACUGGAUUAAAACAACUUACUCAUCUUUUAUCAUAUGUUCCUCACCUUCGUCGUUUAUCAAUUAAUCAUUUGCAUGGAUUUGACCACAGAGCAAUUACAGUAUUUCCAAAGAUGUUAAAUAAAUUAACGCAUGUUUCUCUUAAAUUAGAAUAUAUUACAUUUGAUGAAUUUGAACCAAUUAUUAAAAAUUUUUUUCAUUAUCUUCAAGUUUUACGAAUUUCAACCAGUGUUGAUAUAGCAUAUUUGAAUGCUAAUCGAUGGCAAAAAUUAAUUUUGUCAGAUAUGAUUCAUUUACGUAUUUUUGAUAUUGAACAUUCAUAUUAUUUUAAAGAUCAUAAUAAUCAAACUAUAUUUUCUUCUCUGAUCAAACAAUUUACAUCUUCAUUUUGGAUUGAACGAGGAUGGUACUUUGUCAAUCAACAUUCAAGUAGAGAUGGAUUGAAUUGUGGAAUAUUCUAUUCAAUACAAUCACGCAGGAAAAGAGACUAUAUAUUAUCUAGUGAGAAGGAUCAAAAUAAUCAUUCAAACCAUGUUACAAGCGAUUUUUAUUUAGUUCAUCAUGUUCAUAUUCAAAAUCAAUCAGCAAUGGAUAAU